AUGGCUUCUGAAGAAUCCGGACAGGUUGGCUAUGGGAAACUGUUGCACCGGUUUUACGAGACACUGAUUCCGCGUGUCUCAUCUGUGCUGUCCUCUUGCAUUAGGCCACGAGAGAUCAGAGGUACGGGGGGUUCCACCAGGCGAGGAGCAAAGGACGCUUACAUACAUGACAAUCACCGCCGUCAUAGUGUUAGCACCUCCAGCUCGGUGUCAGGACGACCUACAGGUAUCAGCAAAAACAUCGGACAGGACAAAGUCUCCCUGAGAGGCGGAAUCUUGGGGGCGAUACUUAGUGAGAUUGGGUCUGUGGCUGCCUCAAAGGCCGCCGGGGGAUUGAUUGAGAAGAGCGGCUCACGAACGGCCCAAAAGGUGUACCAAAUUUUCGAAAAAGCAUCAAAGGCCAAAGACACCUUCGAUGCUUUUGUCGAGCUUAUUCAGACUGUGAGCGGCGACGGUGGCGACGGUGGCGAAGACCACAACAAGAACAACAACAACAACAACAAAAACAAGAACGACAACGACAACGACUUCGAGGACGACUACGAAGAGUUUCUUGAACGAAAACGCCGAGUGGCAAGCCUCGAAGAAGAGAAGGCAACUCUCGCAGAGGAGAUUGCGAAGACCAAUGAGGAAGCUGCGAAGACCAGGGAGAAAACUGCGAAGAUCGAGGAGGAUACUCGCAGCCUCAAAGGAGAAACCAACAAGAACAAGACCGACAAUUCACCCCAAAAAAGCAGUGGAGCCUCCUCACCCAGGGCUGAAACCCCAAGAGAGGAGGGUAUCACCGAUUUCUUGUCGCCUGUCCAAGAUGACAGUGACCGCGGUAACAGCCCCUUCUCAACACCGCAGACGCCACACAAGGGUCACCACCCUCAACCCAACGAGCAGGGCGAGGUGCUCAUUCCACAGACCUCUCCAUUCACGGCCAGGGAUACCGGUUUGGGAGACCUGUUCAAGCAGCCCAUCACCCAGGCCAAGUAUUUCCUCUACCCAGCGUGCCCGCGGAAGGUGUACCGCAACAUAACCAAUUGCGUUACAGACCGCUGCUGGCUCAUCUGCGAUCGUUGCCAGGAAAAGAUGAUUCGCCCCGUGGGCGACGAGUGGCGCGCGCUCUGCACGGUGUGUCGGCUAACGCCGACGUCAAGACCGUGGUGGGCCGGUCUGUCGCUUUACCGCAAUAACGGCAACCCCGAGCAGGAGCAGGUGCAGGAGCAGGUGAAACUCACGCCCGAGGGCAAGCGCAAGCGCCAGGUGCAAGACGACGACGACGACGAGUACGAGUUCGGGCCUAAGCCCUUGGGCGCUGACGGCGUGUCUCCUACCCAGGAGCGCCGCGAGCUCAAGAAGCCGCGACACGCCGCCGGUCACAGGCCGCGGGCAAGUCUGCUUCCCCUACCCCAGCGCCCCGGGCGACUGUCGAGCCUGUUAUGGAAAGCGGUGAUGAAAACGAUGGACAUGGGCGCCACCAGACCACUGCUGCUCACACCGGGGGCUUUCCGAAUAUUGACCGUGAUUCACAGGAGCCCGCCCAGGAACCCGUCCAUGUACCAGUCCAAGAACCCGUCCGUAAAGCGCCUGGUAGCAAUCCCGUCUGGUCGAGCCGGGUAA